UUUAAGGGAAUUCUCCGAUUCACAUUGCUUCUUCUUCAAGAACCUUCUAACGCAAGCCAACUAAUUUCUUCUCUUCAAGUCAAUGCUAUAUAUGUUCGGGUCAUAUGUUUCAUCUCCUUCUUUGUAUUUUGAUUUUGUGGUCCUUUUGAGUUGUUUUCAAAACUUUAAAGCCAAGGAGGUCUGUGCAGUGUGGAAAUAAGCAGAGAGAUGAGAAAAAUAAUGUUGCAUGGGACGCUUCACGCGACAAUUUAUGAGGUUGAUAAGCUUUCUGGCAAAGGUUGCUGCAUGUUCUUCUGCAGGCCAAUGGAAAGCAUAGAAACUGUUGGGCCUGGAAAUGGUUCCAAACUCUAUGCAACACUUGAUAUAGAGAAUGCUAGAGUUGCCCGCACUAGACUGGUAGAAAAUAGACGCUCUAAUCCCCAAUGGUCCGAGUCUUUCCGCAUUUACUGUGCUCAUAAGGCUUCUAAUAUUGUUUUUUCUAUCAAAGAAGGUAAUCAUGUUGGGGCAAGAGUAAUUGGAAGAGCUUAUAUGCCCGUUGAGGAAAUAGUAAAUGGAGCAGAAGUAGACAGAUGGCUUAAGAUCUUGAAAAAGAACCAUAAACCUCUCCGCGGAACUCCUAAAAUCCAUGUGAAAUUGCAAUUUUUCAAUGUCACUCAAGAAUGUAAUUGGUCUCGAGGAAUUAGAAGUCCUAAAUUUCCAGGAGUCCCUUACACAUUCUUUGCACAGAGACAUGGUUGCUCAGUUACUCUUUACCAAGAUGCUCAUAUCCCAGACAAUUUUAUCCCAAAAAUCCCUCUUGCUGGGGGCAAAUAUUAUCAGCCCCAGCGAUGCUGGGAAGAUGUUUUUGAUGCCAUUUCUAAAGCAAAGCAUUUGAUAUAUAUUACUGGAUGGUCUGUAUAUUCUAAGAUCACCUUGGUAAGGGACUUGAGGAGACAAAAGCCUGGAGGAGAGCUGACCCUCGGAGAGCUUCUUAUAAAGAAGGCUAGUGAAGGGGUCAAAGUCCUGAUGCUUGUUUGGAAUGACAGAACUUCUGUAAAAUUACUAAAGAGGGAUGGAGUAAUGGCUACUCAUGAUGAAGAUACAGGAAGUUAUUUCCAUAACACUGGAGUCCAUUGUGUUUUAUGCCCACGUAAUCCUGACAAUGGCGAAAGCAUUGUUCAAGACUUUGAGGUUUCCACCAUGUUCACUCAUCACCAGAAGAUUGUGGUGGUGGACAGUGAGAUGCCCAAUAGAAAAUCUGAAAAGAGGAGGAUUGUGAGCUUCAUUGGUGGUAUUGAUCUUUGUGAUGGGAGAUAUGAUACUCCCUUUCAUUCCAUUUUCAGGACUCUUAAAACAGCUCAUCAUGAUGAUUUUCAUCAGCCUAACUUUGCUGGUGCCUCAAUUGAGAAAGGUGGACCUAGGGAGCCUUGGCAUGACAUUCACUGCCGGUUAGAAGGACCUAUUGCCUGGGAUGUUUUAUUCAAUUUUGAGCAGAGAUGGAGGAAGCAAGGCAAGAAGGAAUUGCUACUUCAAUUAAGCGAACUAGAUGGCAUUUUCAUAACCCCAUCUCCGGUUAUGUACCCCGAAGACCAUGAAACAUGGAAUGUACAAUUGUUCCGAUCAAUUGAUGGAGGAGCCACCUUUGGCUUCCCCAAUGCUCCUGAGGAUGCAGCCAGGGCAGGUCUUCUCACUUGGAAGGAUAAUGUAAUUGACAGAAGCAUUCAGGAUGCUUACAUCAAUGCCAUUAGACGUGCAAAGAAUUUCAUAUAUAUUGAAAAUCAGUAUUUUCUUGGAAGCUCUUUCUGCUGGAAUUCACAUGGCCUUAAAGUUGAGGAGGUUGGUGCUGUAAAUCUUAUUCCAAAAGAACUGUCACUGAAGAUUGUUAGUAAGAUUGAGGCAGGAGAAAGAUUUACCGUUUAUGUUGUCAUUCCACUGUGGCCAGAGGGUGUCCCCGAAAGUAUAUCUGUGCAAGCAAUAUUGAAUUGGCAAAAUAGGACAAUGGAGAUGAUGUACAAAGACAUAGUGCAGGCCCUCCAAACUAAGGGGCUUGAGGCAAACCCAAGGGACUAUUUGACAUUCUUUUGCCUCGGCAAUCGAGAGACAAGGAAAAGUGGAGAAUAUGAACCUCCAGAGAAACCCGAACAUGAUACAGAUUAUAGCAGAGCUCAGGAAGCCAGGCGGUUCAUGAUCUAUAUUCAUGCUAAGAUGAUGAUAGUUGACGAUGAAUACAUUAUCAUUGGAUCUGCCAACAUCAAUCAGAGGUCAAUGGAUGGUGCCCGGGAUACAGAGAUUGCCAUGGGAGCCUAUCAACCAUUCCACCUAUCCACUAGGCAGCCAGCCAGCGGACAAAUCCACGGCUUCCGGAUGGCAUUGUGGUACGAGCACUUAGGCAUGCUAGAUAACUCCUUUCUCCAUCCAGAAAGCGUGGAAUGUGUCCAAAGAGUGAACCAAAUUGCCAGAAAGUAUUGGGACCUCUACUCUAGUGAGACACUGGACCAUGACUUGCCAGGCCAUUUGCUCAGUUAUCCCAUUCAUAUUACUGAAAAUGGAGAGGUCAAAGAGCUACCUGGAAUAGAAUUCUUCCCAGACACAAAGGCUAAAGUUCUUGGAUCCAAGUCUGAAUUACUGCCUCCAAUUCUCACCACUUAAUUGCCUUGCACUGAUUUUAAAACUGAGCUUCUUUCUUUUUUUUCUUUUUUUUUUUCCAUCUUAUUUCCCAGUAUUAUGAGUGAUAGGAAAUCACUAAUUGCUAUAUGUGUUGUGGAUAUGUAAAUAACAUUUUUACUAUAGUCUAGUUCAUGCAACUUUCCAAAGAAGUGAUCAUGUAGUUCUUGUAGUGGUUAAUUACACAGAUAGAAAAUGAUGGAUAAAUUAGAAUUAUGAAGUUCAAAGUCAAGUUGAGUCCGAAGGUUUCAAAGAAU